CCGGAACGUAUUGUUUUGAAGCGUGCGUCGUGAAUCAACAGUCGUCGUGAAUGGUUUUUGAGACAAGAACGGGACCAAAAAACAGUGGUGCACGAUAAUCUAUUGUGCGUAGGAUUAGGCGACCAGGUGUUGCGUACGAUGGCCAUAAUUUUUUAACGGCAAGCGUGGUUACGACGUAAUUUCCGACGAUUGCUUACCAGCUACGGAAGAAGUGGCGCAAUCCUAGAGGUGCCACAAUUAGCACUUUGGAAGCAGAGUCUGCGAAAACCAUUCAACUUUCUUCAAUCGAACCAACAGACAUCGGAAUCUCAGCAAGCAUCGACGGAGCAAAUCGAGUCUUGCAGAACAACAAAUCCCCGGUGUGACGACGGGGUCAGCAUCGCGAUGGGAAAUGUGCUAAACAAACUGAGCCAUGUUUCACAAUCGGUUCGUGGUCUGAAGCGCAAACGCAGCGACAAGGAUGAUGGUGAAAGUGGCGACGGUAGCGAUCUGUUGGACCAAUCACUUACGUCCCCCAAAAGGAAAAAACUAACGUCCACGGCUAAGUACAUCUAUCAGGCCCUGUUCAAGGAAGAGCGCAACUCGGACAUAACGGUGCACGCACUGGGCAAAAUGUGGCACUUGCACAAAGUGUACCUUAGCCAAAGUCCGUACUUUGCCACCAUGUUCAAUGGGUCAUGGCGAGAGGCGGACGAGGAGUACGUGCAUAUUGAAAUCAUCGAUCCGAAGAUUACGAUCGAUUCGCUCUUUUCGGUCUUUGGUUCCCUGUACAUGGAUGAGGUCGUGCUGGAACCGAAAGAUAUCGUUUCGACGCUGGCGACGGCUACUUUGUUUCAGCUCGAUGGUCUGAUCGAUCGUUGUGCCGAAGUGAUGGUUGAAACGACCAAUGCUGAGACCGCUGUCCUGUAUUACAACGCAGCCUGCGAGUACGGUGUGAAGACGGUCAAGCAAUACACCUUCGGUUGGCUGCUGGUGAACCUUCUGAGCAACUUUCAGCAGAAAGCGCAUAGACUGCGCACGGUCAGCGUGGAGCUGAUGGAACAGCUGGUGGCAAGUGCUGACCUGUACGUGGUGCAGACCGAAUUCUCGCUGUACGCGCUCCUACGGCACUGGAUGCUUUUGAAGCUGUUCCCCAGCGAACCCGCCUCCGAUGGGUUGCCGGAUCCUACCCGAGAGCGAUACUUUUCCGAGCGGACCAAUCCCGUUCCGUUUCUGCAUACUCCGGAAGGGGCACCUUUCGUGCGCGUUUUUCGUGCCUUACGGCUACGCAAUCUGCUUAACCACCACGUGGACGUGCGGUUACUCCACGAGGACAACAUCAUUCCGCCGGACUGGCUCCACAAACCGCUGCUCCGGCAGUGGUGUAGUGUGCUGGCGAUCGAUCAGUCGCUCGAUAAGGAAGUCAAGUGUGACGAGCGCACGUUCCUCGAGUCCUGUAUCCGGUGCGGACGGGUGAUUCCCGAGAACAUUAGCCAACGGUGGCGCUGGACCGGCUUUCACUACGGGCUCGAUUUGCUACUGCUGUCCGAUACACGCACCCUGCGCAUCAAACGCCACCAUCGGACGGAACACGAGCGGCUGCUAAGCCUGCAGGUGAAGCGACAGUUCCUGAUACGCGUCUCGUUGGCCGCCCUCAACGAAUUGGGUCAAAUCCGGCACCAACAGAUCACCAAGAUUCAGUCCGUCUCGCUCGAGAAGAACGAAGAAACGUUGCUGGCCGUGUUUGACCGCGAGCUUACGUUUCCGCUGCUCGUUUCGGUCAACAUGUUGCUGGACUCGCCGCCAGCCAAGCGUGACAACAGUCCUGCCGUCGCAACAUCGGACGAGGUGCCAAAACCGACAGAACCACAGCAAGCGGUGCCACUCCCAUCUCCUGCACAACCAGCGGCCAGUUCUUCCAGUGCCACGGCACAACAGGCGGCCGCACCAACCGAGCAACGGAGCCCGGCUCUACUGUCACUCGGAAACGCAGGCCCCAGUGGUAGCGCCUCGCUGGAGCGAAUGGCGCUCGUGAACGAUUCCUGAUUAGAGGUGCUCGAAUGGAGGUGAAGACGAGUUGGUAGGAACUGAAGCUUGGGUGAACUCGGUCGCGUAAGUGUACUUAGAACGGAACGGUGAAUUUUGAGCCGAUGCUGCACAAAAUGGCCCUAGACAGAUGGAGAGAAAGGGAAAGAGAGAGGAGAGGGCAAGGAAUUUAAUAUAAACACAUUAUGGUGCCAUCCGUGUUUUAAGGGCAAAAAGGAACAUUUCCGAUGCUGUAUCUGUCUUUCCAUUUACAUCGAUUGAUAGAAUUGUAUAUUUACAACGUUUAAGCUAUCCCAGGGAGCAGACGUGCGAUGAAUUUAGUUGUUUUUAUGAGCCGGAGUCAUAAUUUUCAACCAAUCCGAGAAAUAUUUACCGCUAGCGAGAAGCUACCGAUACCGCAAACGUGAAUGGAGCCCAUCACGCCAUUAUGAAUUUUUGUUCUUUAUUUAAUAGGGGGUCUUUAGGGGUUGAGAGAGUAGCGGUGGACAAUUUAAAUUUGAAAUAAGAAAUCGUAACAAAGCGUUCCAGUCAAUCGCUAAUGUAACCCUCUUUCCAAGGCGAGCUUAUUGUCGAUAAAUAUUACCAGUGCGGGUCACGGAGCGGUAAGAAGUGUCCGUCUUAUCAGCGCUGGUUCCAAAUAACCGUCUCUAGCGUUAAACUCUAGUCGUAAGCCCAGCAGAGGACACUAUCGUAACGGAGAAUUUUCUACCAUUAGACGCGUUAUUUAACAACGGCAGAUUCCCGACGCGAGGAUGUGGAUCCCCAAACAAUAAACGAUAUGCACGUGUUUUUGGGCUGAACUAG